AUUGUAUAAUUAAAUAUCUUUGACAAAAUAUUGAAAAUAAAUUGAAACAGUCCUAAAAGUUAGGCUGAAACGGGCCGGUUUGGCCUGGCUGCACGCAUUCCUUGCGGCGGUGACGAGAGGGAGCUAUUGCGGUUCUGCGCGAUCUCGACCGUUAAAUGAGAAGAUAAAGCUUCUCCUCUGUUGCUGCGUCGCCUUCACUCUUUUCACCUUCUCCACAAACGCAUCUUCCUUCAUCCUAUGGAACCACCAAACACCUCUUCCCCCUCGCUUCUCCGAUUCCAGGUGUUGGAUUUUGUUGACCAUGGUCAAAAGUUAAGAUCUUUAUUUUGAGAAUAGCAACUAUUCAACUAUUGGGGUACUGAAUUUCAUCAAAAUGAGGAGGCGUCAAGUUUUGAAGCAUUCAAUUGCUCUUGUGAGCUUGUUGGUAUGUGUAUGCUGUUUUUUUAUCGUGACCAUGACAUUUCUCAAGCUUCCGGAUGCCCCAACAAAGGAAAGUGCAAUGGGGUUUUACCCAAUAACGAGAUCCAGAAAAGUUUCCCUUCAAGAUGGCAACUUGGGCAAGUUUGGAGAAAUGAUGAUUGACAUGUUGCCGCAAGAUCUUGCUUUUACCAUGUUUGUUCCGUCCGAGGAAGCGUUUAAGCGAGAUCUGCGUCUGUCGGUGAACGAUGCUUUGAAAUCGGACAGGUUUAAUGAUACUUUUGCGAUUUUGACUCGUAUUUUGGGAUUUUCAACUGUCCCUCGAGCACUUUCUUCCUCUAAUGUGAAAUGGGGUGAGCUUGUGAACUAUGAUUCGUUAUCUGGAUUUCCAUUGUACAUUUCAAAAGACAUCGAUGGAAUGCUUGUUGUUAACAGGAUUCGAUCAGAAAUAGUAGAUGUUAGAAAAAAAGAGAUUGUUGUGCAUCUCAUGGAUGGGAUUAUUAUGGAUGCUGAAUUUGAGCAAUCGGUUCUAUCUGACAAUGAUUCAGAUGAGGAUUGAAUGCUUAUUCAGUAACUGUUGGAAAUAACAGUGUCCCUCCUGGAACUCCAAGAAUCACAACCUUCGCUGAACUUGGUGCAUUACCAACAUCAAUUAUGAGGAUCAAUACACUCUAAAAGGAUUAUUAGCGACGUGAAGGAUACAGAUCUGCUGCACAAAGACCUUCUGGCUUUUCUUUGUGCCAUUCUUCAUUCAGAUAAACUGUCAGUGCCUUUUUUCCUUCAGAAUAAACUGUCUUUUCCCAAUGUCGAUUUGGUUUGCAGCGAAUCACUUCCAACUCAUUUUGACUUGGCUUUGCAGAUUUUGAUUUCUUUAUUCUUCUUUUCAAAUACCAUGAUCAAUAGUUUGAAGGAAGAUUCCACCAUAUGCGAUUCCACCAUAUGUAUAAUAUUUUUUGAAGGAAGAUUUGUAAUAGUUAGCUAGAUGUUUGGAUUCAUUAUUUUAUAAAAAAAAGUUUGUAUUUAGGUCUUUUUUAUUUUAUAAAACAAAUAGGCUUUUAAGUUAAAAAGAUAUUUUAGAAAGUGAGUGUUGGAUUGGUUUGUGUCAGUAAAAGGAAUGGAUCCUCACCAUUUGCUAGAUAGUAUA